AUGAAGUUUCUGCCCCUUCCAGAUUUCGAGGACGUGACAAGUUCCCUCAAUUUCGACACGACUGACUGCCAUAUCGUCGGCGGCUGUGAUAUUUACACCACCAAGGCGGCACGCUCCGAUCGGAAACUCUACAAUCAUAUUGAACAGUCGCUCGAGGCUCAAUAUGAAUCGGUUCUUCGAUUUUCGGCUUCGCUGUCACCCCCAAACGCGCACGAUGCGGCCGAGACCCUCAACCUAUCGCGAUCUAGCCCGUUUGGACCCCUGAGCGACCAUUCGAGCCGACGGACCUUUGCCUAUCUAAUCGCCACUCUGAAUGCAAGUCACCCGGAUUACGACUUCUCAAACGUCCUGCGCCCCACUGACUUCCGACGCGAACGGAGUUUGAAGCGCGUCAUGAAUACAGUCGACUCGACGCUGCUCAACCUGAGGCCGCGUGAGAACACUACCAUGUCUCCUGGAUCUCCUGCGACACUUUCUGGAUCGUACACAGCAGGUUCAUCUUCUGCAUGGGGCCCACGGGUGUGGAAAACGAUAGAUGAACACAUGUCACUCAAAGAGUGUUCGAUCUACUCAUAUUCACCAGAGGAGGACCCAUCCGAUGCCGAUGAUGGGGCUAUCUGGAGUCUACAUUUCUUCUUCUUCAACCCAAUUCGCAAGCGUGUCUGUUACAUCUUUCUGCGCGCGAUUCCUAUACUUAGCCACACCCCAGACGAGUUGGCAACUACACCCACUGGAAAACGGACCUACGAUGACGACGGAUAUCUUACGCCGGACCUCAGCUCUAGCAAGCGUGCCAAGUUCUGGUUUGGAGAACGCGCCAAAUUUGUCGCCAGCGAUAGUGAUGAUGACAUGGACCGCCCAUCAAAGCCGAUUCGGACGACUGCGGACGACUGGGACACUUAUGUGAUCAGCGACGAUGACGAGCAUCUGCCAUCCAGCCGUCGGGGAGUCCGGGCGAUGAGUGAGGAAAUUGCGGACUCAAUGGAAGUCUAA